UUUACACUGUUACUGGGUUAUUUAGUAUUGGCUUUUUGACUUUGUAACAAUAGUGAAACGUAAAGAACAAUAGAACAAUGAUCAAUACUCCUGAUUUGUGAAUGAGACAGGUGUUUGGAAUGUUUGGAAUGUUUGGGUGUCCGGAUACUUCUGGCCGGUGUACAGAGUGUCAUUACCUGAGCCCAGGUGAGGGUGGGGCGUAUGACAUCAUCAGUGUGUUAUAAAGCCGGGCUCUGGCUGCGUCUGCACAGAAAUGCCCAGCCAGGUGAGCUGAGAGCAGGCCAGGUGAGGUUACGUGAGGUCAGGUGACUCUGCAGGUAACGCUCAUGUUAGUUGAGGUGAGGAAAGUGUUUGGACGAUGGAAAUUCCUCACCUGUUGAUUUGUGGUGUUCUGAUGCUCAGUCUGUUCCUCGUACCGUCCGGAGAGAGCGUACCUGUGGUCAAGGAGAAGGUGCCAGCAGCCAACGUGACGGUAACUGUCGCCACCCUGCGGGCUAAUGUGACAGGUGUGGUUCAGGAGGCGGAGUCACGAGGGAGGAGCUCAACACCUGUACGGAAAAAACCUACAAACAAACAAACGAACAAGCAAACGAACAAACGUGAGAAACGUAAAAACUGCUUCGGGUUUAAGAUGGACCGGAUCAGCGACCUGAGCGGGAUGGGCUGCAAAACGGCAGAAGUGGCGCCACCUGGGAAUUAGAGUGGAAUUACAGCCUGAGGGGGCGGAGUUUACAGUGCUGAACGGACUAAAGACUGGAUACUGAUAUAUUACCCAGCAGCCCUGUGGAGAUCCUGAACACUGUAUCACACUUCAGUGACGAAAAGCCCCGCCCACUUUGCAUCUCAUUUUUAUUUACGUAGAGAAGAAGGAGGCGGGGCUACACUUAGGAAUGAAGUGAUUGACAGCCUCGUCGAGUUGUAGUCCAGCUUUCUGAUAGCUAACUAGUUACAAUACUAGAGAUAAUGUUCCAGGAUGCUAAUGCUAGUUAGCAUCACAACAUUAUUAUAAAGUUUCUCACAUAACAUUCUUUUAAUAACAUUUCUUUUAUUUUAUUUAUUAUUACUUUUAUUUUUUAUUCUAAUGUUUUAUAUUUUCAUUCUUGUUCUUAGUUCUAUUAUUCAUUUUAUCAUUUCUUACCAUUCUUAACAUUUUACUUUACUUUUACUAUUAUCUUUUUACUUAUUUUAUAUUUUACUUUUUAUGUGUCAAUUAGUUUUUUAUGGUAUUUUAGAAUUUUCUGUUGUACAUUUAUAUUUUAUUUAUACAUGUUAAAUGUUGAUUUAAUAUGUAGUACUUUUUUAUUAUUAUUAUUUUUUUACUACUUGAUUCCUUUUUAUUUCGAGUUUAUUAUUAAAGGCUUUUAAUCCCUUUGAUGUUGUAAAUUAUCAGAAACAUUCUCUUAAUGUUUUUUCCCGAGUGAAAAUAAAGCUUAAUUGAUUGAUUCCCAUCCUGACGAAUAUUAACAUUAUGGAAACGGUAAAAGUUAAAAACUAAACAUUUGAAACACUGACACAAGUGAUGUUGCAGCAAUGUU